AUGAUUGCAGGUGGCAGUGAUACCGUGAUGAUUACCUUGACAUGGGCAAUCUCGUUGUUGCUCAACAACCUUCACAGCCUGAAGAAAGUUCAAGAAGAGCUCGAUGCUCAGAUCGGCAAGCAGAGGCAUGUAAAAGAAGCGGACAUCGCCAACCUAACCUAUCUCCAAGCCAUAGUGAAGGAAACCCUCCGGUUAUACCCGGCAGCCCCAAUUUCGGGGCCACGUCUAUUCACCGAGGAUUGCACUGUUGGUGAGUACCGUGUGCCCAAGGGUACGAGGUUGAUCUUGAACAUAUGGAAAAUCCAAACUGACCCUGGGACAUGGCCCGAUCCAAUGGAGUUCAGACCCGAGAGGUUCUUGAGCAGCCACAAGGACAUCGAUGUGAAGGACUCCAACUUUGCGCUCCUACCAUUUGGAGGGGGCAGGCGAAUCUGUCCUGGAAUGUCUUUCGCACUGGAGAUGGUGCACUUUCUUCUAGCUAGGUUCCUACAUGCAUUCGAGAUAUCAACUAUGGACAAUUUGCCGGUGGAUAUGUCUGAGAUCUUCGGAAUGACUAAUUUAAAGGCAACCCCACUUGAGGUUAUGCUCAGGCCGUGA